AUGACGACGAACCCGGUGAACCAUGGUCAAGCCAAGCACAUCAAAAUCAAGUACCAUUACAUCCGUAAUGAGGUUAAGCGCGGGAAAGUCAAGCUGGACUCUUGUGAGACGACGAAUAUAUUGGCGGACAGCAAGACGAAGGGACUACUAGAACACGCCACAAAGACAUGA